ACGAUGUAUAUUUAGCAAUCGUAUAUUAUAGUUUCUCUGUUAGCAAGGUGCAGUGAAUCCUACUGUGGCGGUUUUAUCGUGAAUAUGGAGAAUUUUCUUGAAAGUUACAAUGCUGACAUAGAUUCUACAGAAAAGUCUCAAGUCAGUCCCAUAUUGACUACGAAAAAAUUGACUCCCACUCUGUUUCAUCAACCCAGCCAGAGGUCUAAUGGAUCCAACGGUAAAAACAGACGCCCCUUCACCUCACCCUUUCCAGAACCUCCCCGAAAACGUAUCAUCUUCAAAAAUGGCACUUGCAACGUCACCCAACAUAAGAUAGCAGGAAGACACAAGCUCAAGUUCGUCCAAGACCUCUUCUCCACUCUGGUAGACGCCAAAUGGAGAUGGACCCUUCUGGUUUUCGCGAUAAGCUUCUCCGUGUCCUUCCUGGGUUUCGCUAUGAUCUGGUGGAUCAUCAGCAUCAGUCAUGGCGAUCUGGAACCCGACCACAUGCCACCGUUACAGAAGAAGAACAGUUGGACGCCAUGCGUUACAGAAAUCUACAAUUUUACGUCUUCCUUCCUGUUCAGCGUUGAGACGCAGAUAACGACGGGUUAUGGUGGCAGGGCAAUCACUGAGGAGUGUUUGGACGCCAUCAUUGUGAUGUGCUUGCAAAGCGUCGUAGGUAUGAUGAUCCAAGCCCUCAUGAUAGGCAUAGUCUACGCCAAGCUUACCAGACCAAAGCAAAGAGCCCAAACGCUGCUCUUUUCAAGAAACGCAGUGGUUUGCCAAAGAGACGACCAACUGUGCUUCAUCUUCAGGAUUGGCGACAUGAGAAAAAGCCAUAUAAUCGAUGCUAACGUCAGAGCACAAGUUGUGGCCUGCAGAAGAACCAAGGAGGGGGAGGUUCUGAAUAGAUUCCACACAGAAUUAGAACUCUCCUCAGACAACGUCCAAGGAAAUUUGUUCUUCAUCUGGCCAAUGACCAUAGUUCACGUCAUCGACGAAAAUUCGCCUUUUUAUUACUUGUCAGCUGGCGAUAUGCUGCGAGGAAAUUUCGAGGUUUUGGUCAGCCUUGAAGGAACAACGGAAAACACUGGCCAAGCGACACAAGCCAGAACUAGUUACCUGGCAAACGAAAUACUGUGGGGUCACGUUUUUCAACCAAUUGUUCACUACAACAAAGAGAGAGGGGGAUAUGAGGCCAAUUACUCAAAAUUUGACGAAACUAGGCCAGUUGAUACGCCACUGUGUUCAGCAGCGGAGCUGUAUCAGUACCGAACACUACAGAAAAGCUAGAACAUGGUUUCAACAAUAUUUCUUUGUAAAUUAAUGAAAUGCUUUGACUUUUAUCGCUACCAAACUUGGAAUGAUGGUAUUCUAAGAGUAUACGACAACACGAUACUAGUUAAUAUGAAACUUUUGCAAGUAUUCAGCUGUACAACCAUUUGCCGAGUUGGUUGAAUCCGGUUAACGAAGAAUAUUUAAGAAAAUAUUAGUUCAAUGCAGACUGAAAAAUGCUAUUAUAGCACAGAUUAAUUGUUCCCUGAUUGAUUAACUUAGUUGUUCGAUAUAUGAAAUUAAUUUCACGGCAUUCAGACAAUUUUUUAAUUCUGGAAAAAGUACCUCCCCGAGCGGGACUCGAACCCGCAACCUCCGAAGAACUAGUUCGAUGCUCUAACCACUAAGCCACCGAGGAAGCUGAAGAUUAUCCGCAACGAGUUGUUCAAUGCUUUUUUGUCCUAAUCUUGUUAGAAUUAUUUCAAUAAAUCAAAAUUUUUUGAA